GUUUAGCAGGUAAACAUUUUUUUCACAACUUUGUACUAAUUCAGUCGCAGAAAAGAUUUUGUUAACAGCAAUUGCAAAAUAAAUAGUUGAAAAAACGAAAUAUUUAAAAGUAUUGGAAAAUAAACAAAUUCUGCAUCAAAGUAAUUGUAAUAAACAACAGCAAAAUGGGUAACCAGCUGGUGGGCAUUGCACCAUCUCAAAUUUACCCUAUGGAGCAUUAUUUUUCAGGCACCGAGAUUGUAUUCGAAUCAAAUAUGGGCAGUACACGAUUUUUCAAAGUGGCCAAAGCUAAAUCAGAGGAGGGUUUAAUUGUUGUAAAAGUGUUUGUAAGACACGAUCCAACGUUACCGUUAGAAUGUCACAAAGAACGCCUGGAAUAUAUUAAAAAGGCACUCGCGAAUGCAGUUAAUUGUCUGCCAUUUCAAAGAGUUGAUUUAACUGAUAAGGCUGCAUACAUUAUGCGUGAAUUUGUGAAGCAUAAUUUGUACGAUCGUUUAUCUACACGACCUUUUUUAACGACGCUCGAGAAGAAGUGGAUAACUUUUCAAAUUUUAUGCGCUUUAAAUCAAUGUCACAAGCAAAAAAUUUGCCAUGGCGAUAUUAAGCUGGAGAAUAUUUUGAUAAAUUCGUGGAACUGGGUAUUACUUUCGGAUUUUGCUUCAUUUAAGCCAACAUAUCUUCCUGAUGACAAUCCCGCAGAUUAUACAUAUUUCUUUGAUACAAGCAGACGUCGGACUUGUUACAUAGCGCCUGAACGUUUCGUAAAAUCCUCCACAUCUGACGAUGCUGUGGAAGAUCAUGUCACCGUACGACCCACAGACUCACUUGCACGGUUAGGUCCUUUUAUUUCAGAUAAUACACUGACACCAGCAAUGGACAUAUUUUCUGCAGGUUGUACAAUAUUGGAGUUAUGGAACGACGGUACAGCUCCUUUUGAACUUUCGCAGUUACUCUCAUAUCGUGGCGGUGAUACUGAGAUUGUAAAUAAGCAUUUGGAUAAUAUUGAGAAUGAUAACCUACGCUCCCUACUCGCCUCUAUGAUUAACUUACACCCAAAAAAUAGAAAAAGUGCUGAAGAUUAUUUAGACCAAGAGCGUGGCCGCUUAUUCCCAGAGUACUUUUACUCCUUUUUACAAUCUUACCUGCAAAUGUUUUCGUCCUUACCAAUAAUGACGCCAGAUGAUAAGAUUUUACGUUUACAUUCCGAUAUUGGGCACUGCAUAAAAGUACUUACGAAUGAUCCAAAUUUAACACCAGACGAAGAUGAGGAGGUGGAGGCCGAACAGGCUGAAACUAAGCAGGUGUCCUGUGAACGUUUGCCUCCUGAUCAAGAUGGUUUAAUUUUGAUAAUCACUGUUGUUACCUCUUCCAUACGGGGAUUGAGACAAACAAAUACAAAAAUUUGUUCACUUGAAAUACUGCAUAGAAUAUGCAAGUAUACAACUUCAGAUACGAUUUUAGAUCGUAUAUUACCUUAUAUACUCUACUUAGCUCAUAACUCGACAGCGAAAGUUCAGGUCCAAUCUAUUGAAACCCUAACCGCUUGUCUCAACAUGGUUAAACAUGUACCACUUAGUGAUGCAAAUAUUUUCCCUGAAUAUAUUUUGCCAGCAAUAGCGAAAUUGUCUUGCGAACCAAGCGCUGUGAUUGUACGAAUGGCGUUCGCCCGUAAUGUUGCUAAAAUAGCCAAAAUCGCCAUAUACUUUUUGGAAGAAACCCAGCGUAAUGCGCCACAUGAUAUGCCAGCGCGCAGAUAUGAUACUGAAGUAAACGUAUUGCAUGAAUUUCUCCAACGCAACGUAUUGAGCUUACUCACUGACUCGAGACCAAUUGUCAAGCAAACCCUUAUGGAGUCGAGCAUUUGUGAUCUUUGUGGCUUCUUUGGCAAAGAGAAAGCUAAUGACAUAAUACUGUCCCACAUAAUGACCUUCCUUAAUGAUGAGGAUAAAAAUUUGCGUGGCUCAUUUUUCGACAAUAUUGCUGGAGUUGCUGGCUAUGUCGGUUGGCAAGCCUCCGAUAUACUUGUUCCUCUCCUACUCCAGGGUUUUACCGAUCGUGAAGAAUUCGUGAUUAGUAAAGCUAUCCGUGCGAUUACCACCCUCAUCGAACUGGGUCAUAUAAAAAAGCCAGCUAUCACAGAUAUAAUUAAAGAAACAGCUUGUUAUUUGUGUCACCCGAAUCUGUGGAUACGUCAUGAAAUUUGUGGCAUGAUAUCAACAGCGGCACGCAUAUUGAACGCCAUUGAUGUGCAAGUUAAGAUAAUGCCGUCGAUUAAGGCCUUUCUUAAGAUGCAACUUAUUCAAGUAGAGAAACCGUAUUUACUCCUAGACUGCUUACUGCCACCAAUACCUCAACAAAUAUAUGACAGCGUGUUAAGAUUUCAAGACACUAAUUCCUUUAUAACUGAGCUGGAGAAUCGUGCGGCCGCACGCAGUAUCGGUAGGCCAGUUUUGCCAACGCAACAUGAUGAAUCCAACCAAGCGCUGCGGAAUCUUUUCUGUCGCCUUUCCUCAGAGGGUCUUAAUGAAAUUGUCGAAAUGCAGCUACUCGCAUUUAAACCCUACAUAUUCAAACUGAAGCAUAAAGCUCAUCAGGAUAUUGAAGAGCCCACCACAUCCGGUAAUGGACGCAUAGUAAUCACCCGCAAAGAUGUGCUCUGUCACGAGUUUCCACUCUCUGAGAAGUUACCCAGAUCACCACAAGAAUCACGCGCAACUGAUGGCAUACUGCCCGCAACUGCGUCUCCUGCGUCGGAUGCAGCUGUUUCGUCGCUCGUUGUGAGCGGCACAGCUGGUAGCCCACCCACUGGUAUUACCUUGGUAGUAGGCGGUGCUGCUCAACAGACAACAACUGUAAGCGCCGCCACUUCGCUGGGAGAAUAUACAAUGCCGGAACGCAACUAUUGGCAGGAACGUUCCGCGGAGUGUCGUAAAGACUUGGAGGCACUUCGUGUAACACUUAAGAAUCGUUACAGCAUGUUGGCCUAUUCACAGCAAAGCCAUACGGAGCGCCUAAACACAGCUUACCCACAGGGUUGGUCUAUGAAUGGCACUAUGAUAGCGCAUCUGCAUGAACAUUCCGAAUCCGUGAGUAAGAUGGCAUCGUUAAGACCGUAUGGUCCGAUCUUCGCAAGUGGUAGCGUAGACGGCACCGUACGUUUGUGGGAUUGCAACAAAUUGAAUGGCAGUCAAGCCAUCAACAAGUCACGUCAGGUUUACUCGGCUAAUACGCCAAUUUACUCGCUAGUCGCCUGCGAUGGCGGACAAUCUUUGGCUGUUGGCGGCAAGGAUGGCAGCCUAUUGAUUAUGCGCAUUGACCGAAAUUCAUCGAAAAUGACACUACAGCAAGCGUUGCAUUUAGAUGAGUGUGAGAAUAGCGAUGGUCCAGUCGUAGAUAUGCAAUCGUACGAUCAGAGUGUCAUUAUUUACGCCACGGUUUAUGGCGCAAUUGUUGGUUGGGAUACACGUGUGCAAAAGCCUGUUUGGCGUUUGGAAAAUGAACUUCAGCAUGGUGUUAUAACUACUAUAUGCGUUGAUUCAGCAGGCUCGUGGUUGGCCACCGGCACUAGCGGCGGCAAACACAUUUGCUGGGAUCUACGUUUUCGUCUGCCAAUCGCUGAAAUUAAACAUCCAAGUGGUUCGCGUAUACGCAAAGUAGCCUGUCAUCCGACAGAACCUUCGUACCUGAUAUCAGCUUAUCAAGCAAAUAAUGAAGUCUCGUUGUGGAACAUCGAAACGGGUCAUCGCCAAACAGUAUUAUGGGCUAGUCAGACACCGCUACUAUCGAACACUCAAACGAGUGAAACAGCAACCUCUUGCGGCAUUUUGAGUGGCAUAGUUAACAAUUCCCCAUUCCUUUUAACUGGCAGCUCAGAUCAACGUAUACGUUAUUGGGAUUUGAAUGAACCUAAAAACUCGGCGCUGAAAGUGCCAGCUAUAAAGGAUAACCUUGAUGACAUCUCUUUUACCUAUGACUCACAGAUCAUUGAUGGCAGUCAAGUAAUAUUUGAACAAAAGAUGAAAUUAAAUAACACAUCAGAUAUUAAUUCGCCAAGUUGUUCAAUGGAGGAGAAUCCUCGUUCCGGUCCAGAUAUGCCGUCAACAAGUCAUCAUGAUGCUAUAACGGACUUAUUAAUGUGCAAAAGUGAUAAGGGUCAAAUAUAUAUUGCAUCUGCAGCACGUGAUGGAGUUAUCAAAUUGUGGAAGUAGAAAAAAAUA